UCUUAAUGUUUAUGUGUAGGGCUUUGCAAUGUUGUGUUAUUUUCGGAAUUAAAUAUUUGGAUUUAAAGUAGAAUGCACCAAAAGACGGCCGUCAAAACUUACAUAAUUCCAUUGGUAGUCUAUACAUAUAUGUGCACGUUUCUUCAGUCCGCAGAAGGGAAUGAUGACUGGCACUUUUACGGUGAAAAUAUAGCGUUCCAUAAAACUGCAAAUCAACUGCCUGAAACGUUUUUUGAUCAUUUAACUUCUGCUUACUCUGUGGCUUUUGACAAGUAUUAUCCCGCUAGUUUGGCCGUUGACGGAAAUACAGAUAGUUAUUUUAAACACGGGAGCUGUAGUCACACAACAGGGAAGUCAAUCGUUGAUGCAUCAUGGACGGUGGACCUUGGCAAGCCAUUUAACAUCACAGGAAUUGUUAUAUACAACAGAGACGAGGUAAAAAUCCGAUUAAAGAAUUUCCAGAUAUAUGGCGAUGACACCACAUUGAUUCACAACAGUGCUGGCACUGACGAAUAUAACAAAAACAUACUUACUUUUAAACUUGAUGGGUUGCGUUCAUUUUCUACUAUAACAAUACUACUUCCAAAACAACAUGGUCAUUCAGACGGAGGGAAUUAUUAUUUAACACUAUGUGAAGUUCAAAUUUAUGCAGCUCCACGACCUGCUUGCGAUGUAAGCCUAACAGACGUUACAAACGGUGAAGCACAGAUAUUCAAUUACACUGGCAGACUAAUUAAUCAUAAAUAUACUGUUGGUACAAUCAUUGAAGUACAUUGCAAGGAAAAAUUCCAUCCCGAUGUAUUAACACGUUUCGAGUGUCUUGCUUCAGGCAAAUAUAACUAUACAGUUCCAAAAUGUUUAGAUUCUCUUUGCAUAAUACCAAACAUUACGAAUGGCAAAUUUAUAAAUGUACUGUCAACAAAGUUUGACGUGGGAACAACGCUUCAAUUUAUUUGCGACAAGGGAUUUACAGCAGCAGCCUCGGAAGACACUAUAACCUGUGAAAAAAACUUUCAAUGGAACAUAACACCUGUGUGCCAAGAUUCUCUUUGCAUAAUACCAAACAUUACGAAUGGCAAAUUUAUAAAUGUACUGUCAACAAAGUUUGACGUGGGAACAACGCUUCAAUUUAUUUGCGACAAGGGAUUUACAGCAGCAGCCUCGGAAGACACUAUAACCUGUGAAAAAAACUUUCAAUGGAACAUAACACCUGUGUGCCAAGCUGUAUCUGACACUUCCAGCAGACACACAAUUGUGAUAAUUGUUGUGGUUGUAGUUGCAUUUGUGUUUGUGAUAACACUGGUAUUAGUAAUUUUCAUCUACAGAAGGAGACAAAGGCAACAAAAAGACCCGGCACCAGAUGCUUUAUAUACAGUUAGCACUCCUGCAAAAUUGCGGCGUAGCGGCGAGGUGCCAGGCACGAGGAUGACAUGAAGUAAAACAUGUAUUAAAUACCAAACAUGCAUGGAGACCAACUGUCUAAAAAAACUUUAUUUUUGAUUUAAACCUUUUACCUGUGAACAAUGGUCUGCUGGAAAAAAAGAACACAACUGAGCUCUCCUGAGCGCGGACUUACAUUAUAGUUUUCGAGGCAUGUGAGAUGAAAUGCAACGAUGAUUAAAUUUUGUAACCUAGCGUGAAAGUUUUGUUUGUUUUGAAGGAAGAAAAUAAUUCAUGAAAACUAUUGAUAAUAUAUAUAUAUAUAUAUAUAAUCGAGACUUCGUCGAAAAUGGAUUAUUAAUUUGGUAUUUUCCCUUUCAAAGGCUGAUACAUCAUAUAGUUUAGUAUUGAACAUGAUCCAAAAAGUAUGCAUAUUUAUCAAACUUAUUUUAACAAGACAUUUUCAUUUUCCUUACAACACUGUAAGUCAGGUCUGCAAUCCGUACGAGCACCACAUUUGAUUGUUUUAUAUAUUCAAUGGGAGUUGAUGCAGUGUUUAAUAAUCGUGUGCGAAAUACAGGCUAUAUUACAGACAGAAAAUCAAGGUAUACGUCAUAACAAACAUGUAUAUAUUUGUUUCAUGAACAUUUUAAAUAUCAGACAUAUAGAGUCAAGACUUUGGCUGUUAGAAUGUUGUGUAGUUAUCUACAACAUGAAGAAAAAAUAUACAAAGAAUCACUAAGAGAAAAAUUUUGUUUAUUAAUACUUAAAAGUUCAAUGGCUUUGUACGCAACAGUAACCGGUUAAAACACUCUAGAGAAGCUUUAGCCACUGACCAUUUUAAGGCCUAUCCUGUUGUUUUGUGUAUGUAUAAUGCUUACCCUCCCUUUUUCAACACUAUAUGUACUUUAUGUAUGCAUUUCACUAAGACUUGAAACUGAAACUGAAACUGAAACUGUUUCAUUUGAUUAAACGCCUAUUUUUACGCAAAACAUAUUCAAUGGCGUUUUACAAAUACAUAAAAAUACGACAAAAAUUAAGAUAUUUAAUGACAUAUAACAUAAAUGAGCAUAAAUACCAUUGUGAAUAAACUAUAUAGUAAGCAUUAAAAA